GGCAAACAACAUCAACAGAAAAAAAACUACCGGAGUUUAGCAGGGCGGAAGGCGCGUCAAAUAAACAGGGUGGCGAUUUUGAAUUUGAAUUAUCGUGUUAUAUUUCUAGUGAAACUUUUGUUUUCCUACAUGGCUGAGCAGGGCGACUCCUGGUCCAGCUGUAAGCGGCCUGCUGAGGUCGUUCGGCUGAGGAGAAAAAGAGUCCGUAGUGUCGCUGAGAGUCCCGGAGCGAGCGGCUCUUCUCCGGCUUCUGGCUCCUCCUCAGCAACUCCCAGCUUCCACAGCCAGUCCACAAGCAGAGGGAAACGCAGGAAUCCUUUUUUGACUUGGGACAACACUGUCAGUCGUCCGAAGAAAGUUUUAGUCGAAGACGGGGACUGUGAAAAUGUGGGUACGUUUAUAAAACUUAUGUCCGCGGAGAAGACAUUAGGGGACAGCAGAAGGGGUCCACCUGGAGACAGCUCGGCGGAGAAGUCUCUGUCUGAAGACAACCCCCUGUUGGAAUCAGAGGAGCAACAUAUUGACAAUCUGCUGCUCAAGAACCCACUGGCCAUUACACCCGUCUCCAUAGAACCUGUUAGGUGUGCAGACUAUCCAGCUGACUGGAGCUUGAAAACUCGGGUCAUCUUCACCUCUCCAGUCUCCUUGUCGUGGACAGGGCAACCAAAAGCUCAGGAAGAAGCUCUGGGGCUCAGCAACAGCUGCAGAGCUAAGUUUACCAUGCUCCCGCACAAUCUGCAGGAGCCCAGGUCCUGGUCCGACAUCCGGUCUGCCUUCCAGCAGAGCUUGGUGUACUGGCAGUACCCUUCUCUGCCCUGGCUCACUUUGUUCCCCAGGAUCAAUGCUGAAAAGAACUUCUCUGGGAAGAACAUGCCAUGGACUCAGGAUGAAGCAGUACAUGAGAGUCUUGUGAAGGAAUGGUCUGUCAGUUUGUCAUCUCUCUACAGCCUUCUGAAGGUGGGGCUGUGCCCAUACUUCUAUGUCUGCUCCUAUCAGUUCACAGUGUUGUUCAAGGCACCGGGCCUAGCAGGGUCAGACUGCAUAACUGCCUUAAUUUCUCCUACGACUCGAGGUCUCAGAGAAGCAAUGAAGACUGAAGAGGAGCCAAGAGUUCAUCGUGAGGAAAUAAGUAAAGGUGUGGAGUUCAGUCUUCCCCUACUGAAGGAAAGGAGGCGGAUCAGUGAGCAGCAUAAAAGUAUUCAAAAGGGAGAAGAGGAAAUGGAAAAUGAGAACCAAGAUUUAUUGCAGGUGGAUGAGGACUAUCAGAAUUGGGAUGAAGAAGAUGACAGAUGCAGCCAAGGUGAAGAUGACAGCUUGUCUUGGUUAAAGGAGAUAGGAAUCCAGGACAAACUCAGAAAGCCUGAAUGCAUUAACAUACAGCUACAAAAAGAAGCUCCGACUCUGUCUCUAGACCAUAAACCUGAGUCGGCUGUAUGUGUGGAGGGAUCCCACUCCUUCAAUCUCAUCAACUUCCUCAUCAACUGGAAGAGUGUGGUGGCUGCAGCGGGUUCUCAGACCGGUCUGCCACCAACCUUGCUGGCCCCCACUGCCUUCAGAGGGGCUACCAUGAAUGUGCUGAAGAGCCGCAGCGUUAAUGUCAAGAACUUGGUCGAUUGUACCUACCAGAACAUUAGCAGUCUGGAGCUCACAGGACCCAUCCUUCCUUCAUCUCUUCAUGCCAUCACAACUCUUCUUCAGACUGCACAAAAAGGCAACUUCUCUGCAGCUCUUUAUACUCAUGCACCCACUGCUGUCAUGAACACAGAACCCUACAGGAAACUGUGCAGCAAGGCAGUGGGUGACCUGGCUCACUGUGGUCUUCCUCCUGCUUCAAUUGAUCAUCUCCAGCAACCAUCCACUCUUGGCAAAACUACCCUGACACACAUCACGAUGAAUAACUACAGCUACACAUGGAAGAUUGGAUAAAAUAGAGAUGGUGCAUAUUUCAAACCAUCACACCACCAGCAAAAAGACAACAGCCAAUAGAAUUUCUUCAAUUCUUUAGAUUUUGUUGGUCUUUUAUCAAGAAUAGAUGUAUUUUUUGUAAAUUGUUUUUUAAAAAUAGUUCAUAAUAAAUCCUAUUUAUGCAAGAAA